UGGCGCGCACUACUAUCGGCAUGGUCAUAAUCUUGUGAGCGCUUGACUAGCAGAAGUGCGAUCUCGGCUAGAUUGUGUAUUUUGUAAAUAUCCUUUAUCGUGGUAUGAUUAUUCGAAGUGCUGUAAUGAAUUACGGGGGAUUAUGGUUGGUACUGGGAUUAGUGCUUAUUGGCGAAAUAGUGGGCCAAGAUAGUAGUUUGGUUAUAAAGUCGGACAACCCACAUGUGGUAGAAGGACGGCAAGCUACCAGGAUUCAAUGUGCUGUGACCGAGGGAGCAGGGGAUGGAGUGAAUCUAAAGUGGUAUGGCCCCAGUGGAAAUCUCAUCAGUACCAGUUUUGCGAGGGUAUACACAACAAGUUAUGAAGCAAACUCUCUGUCGAUUAUCAUCCAAAAUGUCUUGGAGCAGGAUGCUGGAGAAUACACUUGUAAUGGAACAAUUAAUGGAACACCUAAAACUGCCAAAAUAAUGGUAUCCGUUGAUAUGCCACUUGAAAUUACCGAAGAAAUGGCACCACGUCAGCAGACAGUGGAAGAGGGCACUGUAGGUUUGGUCAAGUGCGUUGCUCCUCGAGGGUUUACGGUAGCUUGGAUCAAGAACGGUUCAACUGUAACUCAAGAGUCAAAUGGAACUGAUGAUGACCACCAAAGAUAUUCUCAGGUACAAGAUGGACUUGAAAUCGCCCGUGUCAAUAGCAGUUUGGACGAGGGACCAUUUGUCUGCAAUGUAUUUGGAACUGGAUCUUCCUCCAGCAAAGUGAAAUUUAUCAUUAUACAAGUUACUGUCAUAGUGCGUCCGAAAAUUACAACCCCUCCAAGUGCUGGACAGGCUGUGGAAGGACAGGAAUUCAGAUUUCAAUGCAUAGGUACAGGAAAGCCAUCUCCAGAAUACCGCUGGUUUAAGGGUGAGAGUAGUAAUGAGCUAGCUGGGGAUAGGUAUGACAUUAACAAACAGACAGGGAUAUUGAUCAUUAAACAAGUGAAGAAGGAUGAUGAGGGACUGUACAAAUGUGAGGCUAGGAAUGAAGCUGGAUUGGAUAUGAAAACAGCACAACUUGCUGUAAUUAUACCACCCAGAAUCCUUGAAUUCAAUAAUGGCACAGGUGAAGAAGGGAAAGAUGGUGUUUUAAACUGCAAGGCCUAUGGAGAUCCAAUUCCAACCAUCAGAUGGUUUAAAGGCAAUGAGCCAAAGUCUGAUGUAGCACCGGUUCAAGAUGUAAAUGCAAAGACAAUAGUUUCUAAGCUGACGGUAUCCUCCCUAUCAAAGGAAGACAGCGGGGAAUACACCUGUGAGGCAGUAACUCAAAAUGCACCAAGUGACAAAAAGAAUGCCUAUCUCAUCGUAAAAUACAAACCUGCCUUUAGUCCAGAAAUGCCAACUACAGCCUGGACAUGGAAGAAUGCUCCUGGGAACCUCACUUGUGAAGUGGAAGGAGACCCAAGACCGACGGUUAAAUGGUUUACUAUUCCUAAUGAAAGUGGAGAAAGAACACAAAUUUCUGAAGGAGGAUUUUACUCAUUCAGCACCAAGUAUAAGGGAUUAAAUACUGUUAUUAGUACUUUAAGAGUUGUCUAUGAUUUCAGCACACCACUAGGAGAAUAUCUUUGUAAAGCCACAAAUGAUUUAGGGAGCACUAACAGAACAAUUAGACUGAGGAAAGCAGAUCCCCCAGCUUCUCCUUCUGUGGAUGAUAUUCUUAUAACACCAAACACAGCUGAUUUCUCAGUAAGGUUCAGUUCUGUGUCCAAUGCACCACCACCAAAGCGGUUGAAGGUGACAAUUACUCCAAAUCAAAACGAGGAUCCCAAAUAUUUUGAUGUUGGAGUGGUAGAUGGUAAUCCAAAACCAGUUAUGGUGAGCCUGACAGGGUUAAUACCCAGCACUACCUAUGUGUUUGAAUUUGCGGGAGAGAGUGAUGCUGGACCUGGAGUAGCAAAUUCAAUGACAAGGAAUACUCCUGCUUCUAGACAACCCUAUCCUGUUGUGAUAAAGAAUUCCCUUCAAGAUGGUCAAUAUCCAAAUAGUUAUAACUUGGAAUGGGAAACACCCAAGGAUGGAGGGUCCCCAAUCAAAUAUAUAAGAAUUUGCUCCAGGAGGGUGAAAGUCAGACCAGACCUCUCACCUGAAAAUGAAUAUCAGUUUGUGGAACAGAUUACAGGAUUUGUUUGCAUAGAGGCACAACCACAACAGACAGCCUAUAAUCUUCAAAAUUUGGAACCAGCAACAUAUUAUCAAAUUAAUAUCCAGGCAAAUAAUAACAAGGGAGAUUCAGAUAACAGCUUUUUCAUCUUUAAAACCAAAGAUGCAACAGUGAUGCCCCAAACACAGAGUGCUCCUUCAUCUGGCUAUGUUGGAGGGAGAAAUUCUGCUUCCCUAUGCCAAAAUAACCAGCCUGGUGUAUUCUUUGGGCUGCUAACUGUAUGCAUGCUGGCAUUUUUCUAAGGCACAAUGCAGCAUACAAGUGCAGUGAAAAAAAGAUAUAACUAGGAACCUAGUGAUUAAGAAAACCAAUGUACUGAAAUUUCAUAAAUUACACCAGAGAGAAAUUUACCGGUGAACUGUGAAAAAAUUUAGAAGUGUAUAUCCAAUAUGUUGCAUAACUAAUUCAGAAAUAAUAUGCAAUUUGACACCAGGAUGCAUGGUUUGCCAUCAAAGUAAAAGAGGGUCUAGUCUGCAUGAAAUGUGUAUCGGAGACUAGAGCUUGACUGCAAUCUUAGCACAAUAUGGAAUACUCACAUUUUAUGUACAAUGGCAUCAAGUGCAAGUUGAUCAAAAUGUCACGAGUAUAUUUGAGAUAAAACUCGAAAGUCAAGAAAUCCAUUUAGGAUCUUUGUUAUAGGAUCUAACAACAUGCUCUAAUGCCAAUUUAUAUAAUUAUUUUUUUUCUUGUACACAUGUAUAGUUGUAAUGUUUUCUUAUUGUUUGUAGAAGUAGAAUGUUGACCACAAAGCACAUUAUCAUGUUUAUAAGUAAUAAUAGUGUUCAACUUAGCAAUCUUUAUAGAUUUAUUACAUUUGUAUAAUAUAGAGUAUUUUUACGGGUUUGGUAAUGAUCUGUGUAAAUAGAGAUGGAUCGAUAUUUGACUUUCUUAGUAGGCUUAAACAGGUGUUGCAUGAAUGGAGUUUUAUGAAAUAAGCAUAAAGUCAACAGAAACUCAUGUAAGAUCUUUCUAAAUUUGUAAGCUAGUUAUUGUGCUUAGCAUGUUAUACAAAACAAUUAUUAAUUAAACUUUUGAAUUAAGGAUACGAUCAUCUGUGCUGGUUUAAUAUCCAGUAUUUGAUUUCUUUGAUAUGCUAUGGAAUGAAAGACUUUUGGUGUAUUUUGCAUGGUAUAUUCAUGUGAAUGCGUGUUUUUGAAUAACUGCAGACUAUGUACAUUGCAAAUGCAUAAUUAUGUUAUAUAUUGUUUCUAUGUGCAUGUGUGUCGUACUGUGUAUGUGUCAUUAAACUUUCUUUUCAUUCAUCAUUUAAAGUAUCAUAAAAAGUCAUUAGUACAUUUGAAAGUAAUGUGCAAUAUACAUGAAUGAUAUUUCCCCAAAUAAUACAUACAGGCCAUAACAAGCUAACAAGAUAUAAAGAAGCUGACAACAUGAACAUGUAGUAGUUAGUACACAUAGAUAGGAGGUAUAGGUAUGCUGUUGUCUAUACUUGGAUACAGUUGGUGCCAAUGAAUUGACAGGCACAGACAGAGGCUAGGCUGAUGGCAGAAUAUACUUGUUGAUGUUACAAAAUUUUGGAUUGCAUUAGUUUAGAUUAAUAGACAAGUUGCACUGUGAUUUAUUACAGUAUACAUGCAUUGCGUAAUAAGAGUUGAAUGAUGAAAAUAUUAGGUGUCAUCAGCUGCCAUCAUUCAAAAUAGGGAGCAAGAAGGUGAAAAUAACAAGGGAGUUGAGAAAGCUAGAGUGAUCAUUUGUAUUUUUGGAGCAUAAAGCAUGUGUUCUACUAAAAAGUUUUAAACAGUGAUUGAUGCGUGUACAUAUAGUGUAUUUGUGUAAACAGCUUUGUAUGUUUGUUUGCAGGUGUAUGAAAACAAAAGUAGGAAAUGUGUGAUAUUAAGAAAAUUAAAAAAAGUGAUUUAGUAAAUAGCUCUAGAAAAAUGUACAAGCUUUUCAGUGAGUUACAUAUCAAAGUUUGUAGCUAAAAUUUACAUUGAUCAAUGGAUGGGGAUUGGCAGUUGCUAAUCACAAGUAUAAUGAGGAUAGUCAAAAUGUUUAGACUGAAUGAGGUGUAUAUAGUGAUGUCAGCCAUUUGAACAGGCUGAUAAGACAUUCCAAAUUAAGAUGUAGUGAUUGUAUUUGAUACAAGAAAGGAAACCAGAUAUGUGGUCAAGUGCUACAGCUAGGAAUAGAAAUCGGGCAAGAUUAUUCCAAAGGUGUUUGAUUUAGUCAUAGCCGGAGAGGGCUUUUUUCAUACUUAAGUAGUUUUGUAUCUUAUUUUUCUGAAUGUUUUUUUUUAUCCACUGUGUGAGAUAGUUAUUUUGCUUUUGUUGUGAAAUAGCUACAAUGAUAUUGGUGCUUAUGAUGUUUGGAUUUUUUUUUAAGAAUUCAAAUCUUUUUCUGAGAGCUUCUCUUGGUUUUCUAUGUUGCAGUUGCUAUUACAUUUUCUCUUUUAUAUAAGCAAAGUAUUUUUAAUUGUUUUCUAUGUGUAUAUUUUCACUAUAAGGGUAGUGUUUCAGCUUUCUUUUUUCUCGGAGUCGAGAGUGAAAUCAACGUGUGUAGAUAGAGUUUGUUGUAAUCAUUACAUGGAUGAAUAGCAGUGUUGUGAAUUGUAGGUACAUGUAUGCAUUGUAGCAAAACAUAUUCUAGUUUGUGUAGCCACUAUAUAUAAUGUAUGAUAAUGAAAGUUUUUCCAAAGAUUGAUUUUUGAUCUUGCAUUACUUGUGAUUAUCUGAAGGUGGGCAGAGAUUGGUAAAUUUUAUACUCAUACUGUAUUCCACAUUACCGGAGAGGCUAAAUUGAUAGCAUGAUUUUGAAAAAAAUAAAUAUUAACUAUCAGUUCAAAUUUAUAGUUAAAAUUUAAAUAAGGACAAGAAGUGGAGAUUUUUCAAAAAUCAGUAAUUGUUUGGUAGAUGAUUAUGCUCAGUAAGAAUGUUGUGAAGUGUAUUACAAUAGAAAUAUUUGGAUAUACUGUGUAAAUGUGCUACAUGAUUAUACAUUUGUUACCAUUACUGAUUUUUUGCAUUCAUGUUUUAAUAAAACAAUGAUGAUUUAGAAAAUCAU